AUGCCAGAGGAUUUCUGCUCCAUGGAUGGACAGAAAAGACAAAUCAGAGCUGCAUCAAGCCUUAGACAAAAUCUAUUUAGAGAACAUAGGAAAAUGUGUUGUGUUUCAAUGGGUGGAGAAAAUAAGAGAAGUACCACAGACUAUAAAGCCAAAAAAAGACAAAAAGUAAACAAAACAACUAAAUCCAAAUCACCUCCCACAGUAUCUUCAGAUACAUCAUUGGUACAUAGUGACUGUCCAGAGAUAACUCAUGGUGAGGUUAUCGUGGAUAGGAAAAGUAUAUUCCAAGGUCAUGCGGCAGAAGUCCACUCGAUUGAUGAUGUAAACGCGGUCCUAACAAAACUAAAGAUGAACAAGAAGAUAUGUAAUGCGAAACACAAUAUGUAUGCUUACCGCAUAGAACGGAAGACAGGCAAGGGAAAGUCAAGCAUCCUUCAGGACUGUGAUAACGAUGGCGAGGCGCACGCUGGUGGCAGGAUGUUACAUCUAAUGCAGAUUUUAGAUCAGAAGAAUACUUUAGUUGUAGUGACUCGCUGGUAUGGUGGGAUACAGCUAGGCCCUGACAGGUUUAGACAUAUCAAUAAUGCAACGAGACAGGCAAUAGAACAGGCAGGACUUUUAAAAAAAUGAUAUUUAGCUUAAAAAUAUUAUAAGGUAUGUUGUAAAUAACGAUCUUGUUA